CAACCGUCCUGAAAUAAAUUCUAGUAACUAGGAAGUGCAUGUAACUAGGAAGUGUUUAACACCGGAAGUUAAGUGGAGUUAAACAAAGUGCCCCGAAUCAAUUUUAAAUGAGGGAAUGUUAAGUCUGAAUUGAAAACUUCCAAUGUCCUUUUACAUUUUAGAAUCUAAGUAUAUAACAAACAAAUACGCAUUUUAUAUCCGCCUUAAUGUUUAAUGUUUGUUACGCACAUGUCCAUGGCUUAUUUUUUAAACCCCGACCGGAAGUGUACGCUCUUUCGUCGAACUUGCUGAAGCAGGAAGUGAUACAGGGGGCGAGCAAACUUUGCUCUGUUUGAUAUCAGAGGUAAGGUGAAGAAAACCUACACUCGUGGUGUCAGUUUUUUGGCAACUUGUUGGAGGCACCCACGACGAUGACACUGCAGUGGACUGCUGUGGCCCUCUUUCUCUAUGUGGAGAUCGGCGUUCUUGUCAUCUUCUGUAUACCCUUCAUAUCUGCCAGAAGAUGGCAGAGUAUUUUCCGGCUGAGGGUUUGGAGCUUCAUGGCAAGAUUCUGGAACAAAGUGUUUCUCACCAUGAUCAUUGUACUUAUCGUCCUGUUCCUUGAUGCUGUCCGUGAAGUGAGGAAGUAUUCGAGUAAAGACGCCGGCACGAAUGCAAAGCUGCAACCAAACAUGUAUGACCACCUGCACAUGAAGCUUUUCAGAGCUCAGAGGAACCUCUACAUCUCUGGUUUUGCUGUCUUUCUCUGGCUGGUUAUGAAGCGAGUGGUCACCUUGAUUAACCAGCUGGCAACUGCGUCUGGGACGACAGCUGCUCUUCAGACUCAGGCUGACAAUGCUAACCAGACUGCCAAGAAAUACAUGGAGGACAAUGAGCUGCUGAAACAGACUUUGAUGGAAGGAAAGGGUGAUAAGGCUACUGCAGCAGGCAUGGAGCUGUUGCAAAAGGAGCUGGAGAAGCUGAGACAAGAACAGAGGACUACAGAGGAAGCCUUGAAGAAGUCCCAGUCUGAGGCAGAAGUGAUGAAGAAGCAGACUGAUGGCCUUGCCAGGGAAUACGACAGACUGUUGAAAGAACACCAGGAGCUCCAGAAUAAUCAAGAUAUUGAAAACAAAAAGGACGACUAGCUUUUUGUAAGACAUUUAAAAGUUGGAUUGCUUACACAGCAGAGUUCCGUCUCGGGAGAACCACUGCAACACACACUUUUCCCUUCAUAUUCCUCCUUGUGUCACAAUGCAUACCGGAGAAGCAGGAUUGGCUCCUUGGAAGGACAGGCGUUUGGCUGAUAUCUGUAAUGGCUUUAAAGCAUGGGGGAGACUUUCUAUCAAAGCACCAGGCUUCCUGAAAUAGAAUGGGUAUUCGAGGGCUUCUUGUUUCUGCCUGGCACAGAAUUUUCAAGUUUACACUUAAAUCACAAAUUUAAAUUGAGUAGUCUAACUGGGAAAGAAUUGACUCAGGUCUGAUCACAGAGCAUUUAAGGCCAUGUUCAAGGCAUUUGUAACUAAACUGGGUGUAGUUAAAUGGUUUGUGUCAUUUGUUUAAGCACAGUACACUGUUAUGUGCAUUUUCCUCUUUCUGUUCUCAGUUAUUGUUUUGAUACUCAAUAUUUGCUCCUUUUAUUUCUGUAUCCGACAGAAAUAGUUUGCUGCUUCCACUGAGUUCUUGCCGCAAAAUGCAAAGUUAGUCUGUCCACAUACAGUUUGAAUACAUGAUUGCACUUAAACAAAUCACCUUGACAUGGGCAGUGUUCUUUUUGGUAAAGGAAAUGCUUUUGGUGGAUGGUAAUAGUCGGAUAGCAUAUUAUUUUCCUCCUUAAUUUUAAUAUGCAAGUCUGUGGUUAUAGUUUUACAGCGUAUCAUUGUCUAUAGUGACCAAAUUUGAAUUGAUAUUAUUAUUAUUAUUAUUAUUGUUGUUGUAUAUAUGCGGCACUGCAUGUUUCAAGUGUUUUUUUAGGAUAGUUCACCAGUUGCACUCUUUUUUUAAAUCAGGAACAUGGCUGUAUGGUUUUCCCCGUCGCUGUUAAAGACGGUUCAUAACUAAGAUGUUCAACAAACACAGAAGUCUUUUAUGUUAAAGACAUAAAUCAAAAUGAAGUGCCUUGUUUAAUAAAGAUCUCUUCCUUUGUCCUCA